GUCCAAGACGUCACCCACACAAAACAGACCGCACACACGCACAGUCCACACACACCAGCAUUCGCCGGACUUCGCCCGACUUUGGAUGAUGUAGGACGGUAGGCCAAACGCGGCAACAUCGACCCCCUCCCCCCAGCCAUGUUGAGCCCUACAUCGACUCAUCAUGGGGAAAACAACAAGCCAAAGAAGAAAGAAAAAAAGUCAAAAUCUCCUUGAAAAAUACAUUUUAUAUAUCUUGGCACUUUGAAAAACCCCGCUUCAAUCAACUCGUUCCCCAGUGAACUCGAACUCUCUUCUGUGCCCCACCUCCAUCGACCAAACUGGCUCCAACCCAAAACGCGAUACUUCACUUCUCGCCCUAAUCACACCACUACCCCGACAAAACAAAACUUCAUCAUGUCCGACACCGAAGAGAAGCCAAAGACAACCCAGGAAGUUGACUACUCCCUCAACAACCCUGACACCCUCACCAAGUACAACAGUGCCGCUGCCAUCGCACUGAGGGUUCUCACUGAGGUUACCAAGGCUGCCGUGCCUGGAGCUACCAUCCUGAGCUUGUGCCAGAAGGGUGAUGAGUUGUUGGAGGCCGAGACCGCAAAGAUCUUCAAGGGAAAGAAGAUCUCCAAGGGAAUUGCGUUCCCCACCACUGUAUCGCCCAACGAGAUCCUUACUCCCUACACCCCCAUUGCUAGCGACAUCGCCGAGGCUGCCGUCGCCGUGAAGGAGGGUGAUAUCCUCAAGAUCCAGCUUGGUGCUCACAUCGACGGUUUCCCCGGAAUCGUGUCGGACACUAUCGUUGUCGGAACCCCCAAUGCUGAGCAGAGCGAUCUUCUCGUGGCCACACACCAUGCUACUGAAGCUCUGCUCCGAUUGAUGCUCCCCGCCGAAGUGCACCCCUCCAACACCGAGGAGAAGCCCUACAAGCCCCCCACGUCGCACGCGAUCACUCAGACCAUCCAGAAGAUCGCCGAGGUGUACGGAUGCAAGAUCGUCGAGUCGACCACAUCGUUCCAGAUCGAGCGCAACGAGAUCGAGGGAAAGAAGAAGCUCGUGUUGUCGCCUGGCGAGAACAUGGCCAAGUCCGAGGGCGCACCUGAGGUCGGUGACGUCUGGGGUGUCGAGAUGUGGCUGUCGAAGGGCUCCGGAAAGGUCAAGGAGAUUGCCGGAAAGCGCGCAACUCUCUUCAAGAAGACCGAUACCAAGACUUCGCUCAAGCGCGAUUCGGCUAGGAAGACCUACAACGAGAUCCAGAAGAAAUUCGGCACUUUCCCCUUCGGUCUGAGACAGCUCUCGGAUGAGAGGACCGCCAAGAUGGGUGUCGUUGAGUGCCAGAGAAGCAACAUCCUCCGGCAAUACGAGGUUCUGGGAGACAAGGACGGUGCGCUGGUCAGCAGGAUCUACGUCACUAUUGCCAUCCUCAAGACCGGAAUCACUAAGAUCGCGACCCCCCCGCCGAUCGACCUGGAGAAAAUCACGAGCGAGCACAAGAUCGAAGACGAGGAGCUCCUCAAGCUCCUCGCACUCCCUCUUAAGGCCGACAAGAAGAAGAAGAAGAAGGCGGCCAAGAAGGAAACCAGCGAGUAAGCCUGUAUGUGCAUCAGAGCAUCUACCUACGUCGCAUUAGCGAUAAAAUCUUAAUAAACAUUUGCAGUCUGGUCAGAGAUUAGCUAGAUGGGCAUGAAAAUUUGCUUCUUCUAACUACGUCUGUAUUUUGAGAUUUUGAUGGAUCAUGAGUAGUGUGCUUUGUGUACUCGUAGUUCUCCACCAAACAUAUGAGCCGACUUCUCGGUGAAGUUUUGCGGUUA